AUGCCUAGUCAGGGUACUCAGCUUGCAACCACCAAUACCGGCACCCGUACAGCCCGCCUCCGCAUCAACCUCGCAGACGUCCGCUCGCGCAUUAUUGCCGGAAUGAAAAUAAAGAAAGGCUGCCACUGCCCGAUCUCCUGCGCUCGAGCAGCGCCUAGGACGCGCACCGUGUCUACAUCUACCCCCGGAUCACAGGCGCAGGCUCCGAAGCCGAAGAAAAAGAAAUCGCUCACGGAUAUAAUCGGCGCCAAGCUGCGCAAGAAGGAGUCGUACUCGUCCGCCGAGAGCGCGUUGACGGCUUCUACGUCCGCGUCCACUUCGGCGUCUGGCUCCAACGAUACUGAGGACAGAUCUCUACCUGUCGUCUCCGUGGCUCCGAUUUCUGCGACACGUUCUCGCACUCGUUCGUGCUCCCGGCCCCAUCGAACACGGCGCGAAGAGUGGGUGUACUCGCGCGAGCACAUGGUCUCGCUCCCGCCCCCCUCGUCCGCGUCAGGAUCGUCCCCGAGCCGGAGGCAGACCGUGCAUAUUCCUGCGGGUGACAAGUUCCCGGAAUGCCAUGUGCCACCAACGUCCGCGGAUAACCCAGAGACCCUUCGGCUCGGUCGCAAAAUCCUCCCAAUAUUUUGGCCCGACUCCGAGCAAGACGACACCCUGGCUCCCCCUCCUGGCCUCCGAACCUCUUCGUCUUCGUCUUCCGACGCAACGUCGAUCGACCCGGAGCUCACAGGGUUCAGGCCCCUCGCACCGCCUCCUUACCACCGGCGCCACGGCCCUCCAGCAGCGCCAACACACGCCCUCCCAGGCCCGCGCAACGUGGUGUCCGCACGCCCGUGAUCCUCACCUCAUUUCCUUCAACUUGAACGUUUCUCCCCAGCUCAUGAAUCACCAUUCAAACCAAAGUAAUGUAAACGUGCAUCACAUUUAUACGGCACCUAACCUAACCACGUAAUUAAUGUGUACAACCGACAUGACCGAGGAUGUCCCCGUGCCACUUCUCGUGGCGCCUUACAUUCAAAGCUCUUGUAUUUUUCCCGGCCGGCGACUACCCUGCGCCCUUCGUCUUCUCAGUAUAUGGCCUGGACUGACCUAAUGUGUAACGUAUCACAAUGACCGCGAUUCUAGCCUUUAAUCUUUCGC